AUGAGCAGCCAGGGUCGAAAAAUUGUUGAACACGAAGGAGUUAAAUAUUAUAAAGAGGAAGGUCACCAAAUGACUCCAAUUGACAACGACAAAGUGGCCGAUGAAAUUAAAACUACUAAAAGACUUGCACAAAUAAACAUUCCGGGUGAAAUUCAACUUGAUGUGCUUAAAUGUCUUACCUUCAUUCAAUUAUUAUCUUUUCAAGAAACAAGUUUUUAUUUCAAAAAUUUUAUUGACAAAUAUGAAAAGCAAUUGGCAAGGAAGAAAUACGAUGGGCUUGAACUUGUAGGUUUUUUUAUAAAUUGA